CUAGCAUAGCUGUCCAGUUACUAGACUUAUUGAAGCGCCACCGCCAUGACAAGGAUAUGAAUUUAAUUUCGAGCAGCACUGGACAGUGCCAUUAAAAAAACUGGAUAGCUUUGAGUCGUGGAAUUAUCAAGUUCAACUUGAAUUUCUUUCAAAAAGCACUGAUCAGUAACUUCACAGUUAUUUAUCAGUUCAGCUAGAAUCAGCGUCCGCGAGAAAAACUGUCAAGUAACUUGAGUCAAUCUAGUGCAUCCACGACAAAUUUCUACUAGGGCGUAGGGUGGGCAAAAUCUACUGAGCGUCAGUGUAGAUAUUUCUGCAAAUACAAAUUAAAUAAAAAGGGGAUAAUAGGAAAUAAAUAUCACCAAAUAUAAGGGUGAAUAGAAAGCGAUAGAAGUUUAGAAAUAGAACGCUAUAUUUCGGAUAUGCAAUUUGGCUACCAAUUUGAAAGAGAUUGAUAAAAUUCUAUCUCUUUUUAUAUUUUCACUUCUAGAAGGGCGCUGACAUUCUGCCUGUAAUUCUGUAAUUCUACUGUCAAAUUUUUUCAGAGUACUCCUGGCGGCUGGGAAUUUAAAUUUAGACAAAACAAGUGAUCACUAAAAUUAAUUGACAGUCAGAAAAAAAUGCCCUUUAAAUUUUAAUCACUCAUAGACAUAAAUAAAAUUAGAUUGCAGGAUUUAUAAAAGAAUUAAAUGAUAUUGACGUUGCAUUGCAUUGCGUUACACCAAUAUGUUAUUCUUUAAUGGCUGCCAUUCUUUAUACAAAUAACAAUCUGAAAGUGAAACAAAUAAACGAUACUUUUGGAAAAAUGCAAACUGACUGGGACACAUUAAUAGAUGAAAAUGAAAUUAAUAUUCUACAAAAAUAUGGCAGAAAGUGCAGAAUAUUCACUACCAUUUACACUUUUGCGUUUCUUUGGAAUUCCCUUUUCUACUCUUUAUUACAUACAAUUUCUACGAUAAUUAUAAUAAUGAGAAAUGAUAAUACACCCAAGCCGCUAAUGUUUAUUAUUGAAUGCGGUUUAAAUGUACAAAAAUACUAUGGUUUUAUAAUAAUUUAUAGUCAUUUAGUUGGUUACGUUUGUAGUUACGCAAUUGUAAAUGGAGGUACAAUUCUUAUAACAUUUCUUGAGCAUGCUUGUGGCAUAUUUGAAAUUUUAGGACAUAAAUUGAGUACUGCCAUAAAAGAAUAUUCUGACUCCAUUAAUAAAGUUAGUAAUCGAAAAAAACUUCAUCAGGAAAUUAAACUUUGUGUGACAAUGCAUCGAAGAAUUCUAUUAUUUAUCAAUGAUAUCCAGACUGUUUAUUCAACUCCCUUUCUUUUUUUCUUUGGGUUCAGUGCAAUUUUAUUAAGCGUUACAGCGGUCCAAUGUGUCAUGAGUUUGAGGCAUUCUGGAGGUGCAAUACAGUUUGGAUUUUAUGCAAUAUUUCAAGUGUUCAAUAUUUUCUGUUUAACUCUACCAACUCAACAUUUACUGGAUAACAGCCUUAGUCUUUCAAGCUCCAUAUACAAUGCAGAUUGGUACCAUCUGACAACUGAAACAAAACAAUUGUUAAUCAUAAUAAUGAGAAAAGGAUCGGAACCAACUACAUUUGUUGUUGGAAAAAUAUUCAUACUUUCAUUACAGUUUUUUACAAAGGUUCUUCAAACAUCAAUGUCAUAUUUUACUGUAUUGAUGUCUGUACGAGAAUAAAAAGAAACUUUGACUGCUGUUAUAAAAUACGACUUUGGAAAUGGACAUAGGUUUUUUAAAUCUAUAAUACCUAGUGAACAAAUUGUUUAGAGCAUUACAUAAUAUGAAAUUAAUUUUUCAUUAUUUAGUAUGAUGAUAUUAUAUUUUUUAGUUUCGACUUGUUACUAAUCACUCUAUAUAUCGGUUGUAAAAAAAAGUUUCAUAUACAAAAAAUAAUCUAUUUUAAAAGAUUUCCAUAAUAAUGUAAUCCUCUUUAGAAUCUAUUUUCAUAUUAUUAAUUAUUUAAACAACAUAUAAAAUCAAUUAGGUA